UUAACCAACUCCCGUAUAUUGUAUAUAAACGGCCGGACGGUGGCAGUGCAGGGCCGGGUGGCCGUUUAUAAAUGGCCUCCCCGCACCCUGCUUGUGCGCGCUCCCUGGGAGCACGUAGCACCACGAUCCGAUGCCCUCUGUGUCCUUCGGACACAGUGGAACACCGAUUGUCGUACGGGACCUCUGUGCGAGGUCCCGAUCAUGUGAUCACUGAUUGGCCAAUCAAUGAUCACAUGCAGAGUAGUAAGCAAGAUGUCACUAGAGAUGUCAUAAUGUUUACUACGUGUGAAAUCUGUGAAUGAUCGCAGAGGUCACAUAGUACAAGGCUAUUCACAACAGUAGUUCUCAAAUGCAAG